CUCACUGCAGGGCCCUGUCUUGUAUCCCUAAGUCUCGUCUCAAUCAUCCUCAGUGUGUCCCUAAGUACCCCGAGGUACCCGCUUUCCAUUAGCCCACCCAUCAUUACCAUCAUUCUUCUGUGAAUCAUAGACACAGUUUGCAAUGAGAAUCCUGUCCACCACUCUUCUGGUGGGAGCCGCUUCUGCGGCUGCCCCAGGCCUGCAGCAAGUCCUUGGAGCUCACAAGGAGUAUGCGGAGAACGUUGCCCAGCAGGGUGCCAAUGUAGUCUCCAAGCCCCUUGAGCACCUCCAGGAACAGUUCAAGACUCUCUCUGGCGAGGCUCGCAAGAUGUGGGAGGAAGUCUCUAACUUCUUCCCGGAGUCCAUGAACGGCGCUCCCAUUCUGUCCUUGCCUAAGAAGCACACCCGCCGUCCUGCUUCCCACUGGGAUCAUCACGUCAGUGGCGCCGACGUUCAGGACCUCUGGGUAUCUGGUACCGAUGGCACCAAGGAGCGUGAGAUUGAUGGCAGACUAGAGGCCUAUGACCUCCGCGUUAAGAAGGUUGACCCUAGUGCUCUCGGCAUUGACCCUGGCGUCAAGCAGUACAGUGGUUAUCUGGAUGACAACGAGGAGGACAAGCACCUGUUCUACUGGUUCUUUGAGUCUCGCAACGACCCCGCAAAUGACCCGGUCGUCCUCUGGCUGAACGGCGGUCCCGGUUGCUCGUCCCUCACCGGACUGUUCUUGGAACUUGGACCCAGCUCCAUUGGCGAGAACAUCAAGCCUAUCUACAAUGACUUCUCGUGGAACAACAAUGCCUCUGUUAUCUUCCUCGACCAGCCCAUCAACGUCGGCUACUCUUAUAGUGGCUCCUCCGUCAGCGACACCGUUGCUGCUGGCAAGGACGUCUACGCUCUCUUGACCCUGUUCUUCAAGCAGUUCCCCGAGUACGCUAAGCAGGACUUCCACAUUGCUGGCGAGUCCUACGCUGGUCACUACAUCCCCGUCAUGGCUUCCGAGAUUCUCGCUCACAAGAAGCGCAACAUCAACCUCAAGUCUGUUCUCAUUGGCAACGGUCUCACCGAUGGCCUGACCCAGUACGAGUACUACCGUCCCAUGGCUUGUGGCGAGGGUGGUUACCCCGCUGUUCUCGACGAGAGCACCUGCCAGUCCAUGGACAACUCUCUGGGCCGCUGCCAGAGCAUGAUUGAGUCUUGCUACAACAGCGAGAGCCCCUGGAUUUGCGUUCCUGCCUCCAUCUACUGUAACAACGCCAUGCUCGGACCUUACCAGCGCACCGGUCAGAACGUCUAUGACAUUCGCGGCAAGUGCGAGGAUGAGAGCAACCUCUGCUACAAGGGCAUGGGCUACGUCAGCGAGUACCUCGGUCAGCAGAGCGUCCGCGACGCUGUUGGUGCUGAGGUUGACGGCUACGACUCGUGCAACUUCGACAUUAACCGUAACUUCCUCUUCGCCGGUGACUGGUUCAAGCCUUACCACCGCCUCGUCCCCGGAAUUCUUGAGCAGAUCCCCGUUCUAAUUUAUGCCGGUGAUGCCGACUUCAUCUGCAACUGGCUCGGCAACAAGGCCUGGUCCGAGGCUCUUGAGUGGCCCGGCCAGAAGGAGUUCGCUGCUGCUGAGCUUGAGGAUCUCAAGAUCGUGCAGAACGAGCACGUUGGCAAGAAGAUCGGCCAGAUCAAGACCCACGGCAACUUUACCUUCACCCGUAUCUUUGGUGCUGGCCACAUGGUUCCCAUGGAUCAGCCCGAGGCUGGUCUGGAGUUCUUCAACCGCUGGAUUGGUGGUGAGUGGUACUAGAUGCUCGACCUAAUUGCUUUUACAAGGCGUCGAUGAUUUAUCGUUACACCGAAUGCUAUUGAUAUUACUGUUUGUUUGCAUACAUGCAAUUUGACACCUGAUCUAAGGUUGCGAACCGAUUUGAUCAUUUGCUUCCUGAUUCGGUGGCUUGCUGUUUAGUAUAUACGUCAGGGCAACUUUGAAUCCAAUCAAUUUUGAUAGACUUGAAUAACAUAGACCAAAAGAUAGCAAGUAAGGUAUGUAAGGUGCAGAGAACGUAACUAAGAGAUGUCACUCCAAACCCUCUGUCAAGUCGUAGCACGACAAGACUAUGAAGAGAUAGGAGGUUCACAAAGGAUGAGAGUCCCAGCGUGUUCAAAGAACGUCAAUCUUCCUCUCUUGACAAACACAGCCCAACAUGGUUCAGGUCUCGGCCGUGUAUACUAAGGAGGUGGGUGGGGUUUACUAGG